CCGAGGGAAAAAAAAAUGGGAAGCGUCUAUUGCGAAUCAGUUCUUCGUCGUGCCAACUCCUUCCACGAAGAACCUGAGAUUCGGACCAGUGAUUUGUGUGGCUUUGAUCUGGGAGAUAGCCAGCAGGAGCGAUUCAGGAUCAAGAGCCACAGUUUUGGCGGCACGUCCACCAGCAGCAAGAAGACGAAGAAGAAGAAGAAUCAGGUUUUGCUUGAAGGUUAUGUGGAGACGCCGGAUGAGGAUCUGAGCAGGACCAAGAGCUUGACCGAUGAAGAUCUGGAUGAGCUCAAAGGAUGCUUGGAUCUUGGCUUUGGCUUCAGCUACGACGAGAUUCCUGAGCUCUGUAACACCUUGCCGGCUCUCGAGUUGUGCUAUUCCAUGAGCCAGAAGUUCAUGGAUGAACAUCAGAAGUCGCCCGAGAGUUCGCCCGAGGUACCGCCGUCACCUGCGGAUUCCUGUUCUUCCUCGUCCAACUCCGUGGCCAACUGGAAAAUCUCUAGUCCUGGUGACCAUCCUGAAGAUGUUAAAGCACGGCUCAAGUUUUGGGCACAGGCUGUAGCUUGCACUGUUAAACUCUGCAACUAAAAAAACAUCAAAAUCUUUCGAUUCGCUGACGAGAAAAAUGGGCUACCUGAAAUCUGCGGAGUUACAAAAGCAACAAUCUGAUCUGCCGCAGAUCAAAUUUCGCGGAGGAAUGAGCGUUCUAGCUAUUCUUUUACCUGGAGAUGGAUCUCAUGAAUUCUAUCAAUGAUGGGUCAGCUUAGCUGGGGAGCAGAAGAAUCGGCGAGGGUUUCAGGUUUGGAAUAACUUAAUACCCUCAAAUGAGCCUGAUCUGACCUUCUGAGGCUGAUAUAUCUAAAUAUAUAUUGUGAUCAUUGUAUUCGGGUCGUUGCUAAUAAAAUGAAUUAUUAGAAUAAAGUUUUCCAUUGCUAUUAUUUUCUUGUCAAUGUUUAUCCACUAUGCAUUCCAACCACAGCUGUUGGUUUUUAUGCAGUGGUGAGCCUCCAAUAAGAGCUUCACCAACUACUUCAUCACCUCUGCAUAUGCUGAGGUAACUAACCUAACUACAGAAUUUUCCCCUUUCUUUUUUUGUAACGUUAACUUGCAUUUGCAAAUUAUCGUCCAUCAUGCUAACAGUAAGAAGCGUGCUAACUUGUGCUUAUGCAUACUUCUGGGUAGAUGUAAAUUCAUUCUACUGGUAUUCCAGAGGCACCUAGAGGAGGGAGAAAAGGAAAGAAUGUCAAGAUACUUUACCUCUGGUUAGAGAUUUCCCCUCCAAUUAUUUCUUAGUUCUGUAUGGAAGGCUUAUCUUGGAUAGUUUAGGCUUUAAUUAAUAGUUGGUUGAUUCGAUUUUGUUUGUUGGCGCUGCCAUAAGUUAUCAAGUCUGUGACAUAACAGGAUACAUGAGAUGAUGCAAGGAUGACAAAAAUUUUGGAUGAAUUCAUUUUCAACAUGGUUUCCUUAAUUUCUCAUCUGGGUUUUGAUUUGGUGGGGGGUUUAAGCAUUGGGAAAACUAGGACCUUUCUUUUCUACUGGUAUAGCUUGGCAUGAUGGCAGACUGCGAGUAUAUCGGGUCCGCCACAGUUUCAUCUAUUAUGGAAGAGAAGCAGAUAUUUGAGUUUCUGCUGAAAGCAUAAAGAAGAGGGAGAAACAAACUAAUUACGACUAUAUUCAUGGUGAUCAGUGAUUACCAGGUUAAAUUGCAUUUCAAAUGUGAUUGUGGUGGGUACUGAAAUGUGCCAGCAACAAAACAUGCUAAACUUCUGGGAAG